UGGAGCUCGCGCGGUGACGCGAGGCUGCACACCCAAAAGUUUCGCGGGGAAAAGGCGCCUCGUGCACCACCUGUGUGUUUCCCGCCCGCUCGAAUGUGAUGCCUUUCACGUUCGGAACGUUUAGGGGUGGAGGGGGGGGGAAGGCUCUUCUUCCUAACUAUUUUUUAAUGUCGUAGUGAGAUUUUAUGCGCUGCUCAGCCCGGCGAAGUGGCGGACUACGGUAAAAUACACCGCGCUGAAUACUCGAUGAGAGGCUACCUGGCUCGUGGGCACGUGCGCUGCCGAGAAGCUUCCCACCUGCCGCGGGAGGACAGCGCGUGAAAGUGGGCAAAGUGGACGGUCUGCGACAGCAUGGUGCUCCUCAGAGUGCUGCUGCUGCUGCCCCUCAGCAUGAUCUUCAUCAUCACGGGCAGUCCAGAGGCCUCCUCGACCCCCUCCCAACCUGCAAUGGACUGCCUGGAAGCGGAGCAUGGCUGCGUGCUGGACCCAGGUUGCACGCCGUCCUACAGGGUGCUGGAGUACUGUGCAGCCGAGGAGGCUGUUUCCCCGCUGGGGCCUGAGGCACGGCGGGAGUGCUUGGAAGCCCAGAACUCUCUGCAGCAGUACCAGCCCCUGUUGGCUUGCAAAUGCCAGCGUGGUUCACGUAGGGAAGAGCCCUGUCUCAGGGUCUACUGGACUGUGCGAUUCUCACAGGGCAAGGAUGACUAUCACGUGUCACCAUAUGAAGACUUGGAGCUGGAGCUGGUGAGGCACAUUGAGAUGUCACGUAUGGCAUCCAUCGUGGCAGCCUCCUCUCUCCCACCGAGCGGGCAGAACCUGUGCCUGAAGGCAGCGCAGGACUGCGGCCUCUAUGAGAAGUGUGGCUCUCUGCGCUCCGAGUACGUGGUAGCUUGCACCAAGCUGGCACCCGGCUCCGACCGCUGCAACCGGCAGAAGUGUCACCGUGCGCUGCGGCGCUUCCUGGAGCGUGUGCCCGAGGAGUACAGCUUCAGUCUGCUCUUCUGUCCCUGUGCUGACGCACUGUGCGGGGAGCGCCGCCGCAAGACCAUUGUUCCCUCCUGCUCUUAUGAGGAGCGGGGCAGCAAACCGAGCUGCCUCAGCCUGCGCGGCUACUGCCUAAGGGAUGAGCUGUGCAGGUCCAGACUAGCUGAUUUCCAGCACAACUGCCAGCCCUCCGCCCAUUCCCCCUCUGGGUGCCUGAGAGAGAGUGGAGCCGUUUGCCUCAAGGCCUAUUCUGGCCUCAUAGGCACCAUCAUGACUCCUAACUACGUGAGCAACAGCAGCAUGGAGGUGUCUCAGUGGUGCAGUUGCGAGGGCAGCGGGAACCAGUGGCAGGAAUGUCUGCGCGUCCUACACAUGUUCAGUGACAACGGCUGCCUACGGAAUGCUAUGAGUGCCGUAGGCAGCACGCCACCCCGCCCGGUGGAAAAGACAUCGCCCCCACCUCCACGCCCCACCCCCAGCCCCUCGCCUCCCACCCAGCGUGAUGUCAUGGGUGCCGAUGCUCUGCCAGACCUCAGCACUGUGGAAGAACCUGAAGAUAAGGAGGAGGAAGGAGAAUUCAAUGUGAUUCCUCCAUACUCAAAGGAGUCCACUGUGGGCUCCAGCGCCUGCGGUGGCCUUUGGGGGUCUGCGGACCAACCGCUCUUGCUGCUCAUCCUACUGCUGCUGCUUUGUGUCACAUUGAGAUGGGGGUGCUGAGGGUAGAGACUCCCUCUGCUGCCUCCGGUGCCAAAAAACACACAAGAAACAGACAAACAUGCUCACUCACCCAGUGACUUUGACAAAGGAGUUUUGGAAGGGGGGGAGUGCAGAGGACAAGAUGCAGGAGGGAGAAAGAGGAGAAUUGCUUAAAAAUGGUCAGUGUGUCUUUUCCCAUUCCUUCUCUUGCUUUCCCUCUAUCUCUUGGAUCUGUUAGGUAAUCAGAUCUGAUCAGUACCCUCCUCCCCCACCCACCCGCCCCUCGAAAUGUAGGCUGGAGACUGAUAAUCAGCCACACAUAAAACAGCAAAUAAGCAGGCGCAGAGUAAGUUGCACAGCUAAGUGAGUUGUUUGUUGAAUUAAUAAGUAGUGUCUGGGUGAAUCAAUAUGCUGUCCAACGCCUCAUUCGAAUAACGGUGUCUCAGCUCUCAGCCUCAGUGACUUGUGCUAUGGGCAAGGUUCCUUGCUUCAGCAUGCGAAAGUGGAUAAAAAAAACGAUAAUGAACAGUGAUAAUAGCGAGGCCAGGCAGUCGAUAUUUAAUGCUUGGGUUGCUUUUUAAUUUCAGUUUUGGUUUUAUUUCAUGCCAUGUCGGUCUUAGUAAAAUGCCCUAAUGUUCUAGGAUUGAUAGUCAGUGCAGCACAGUAAAAAUAUUUCUUUCCUUCUCCUCUGUCCUCCUCCUUCCCUUUUUUCUGGUUUCUGCAUUGGGAAGGAUGUGUAAAUUCUCCUUUGCUAAACCUUUUCGUUCCAUCUCUUUCAGCCUCGGCCUUCCAAAGGAGGGUAUCCUGUGGACUCCAAGGCUGUCAGUACUUUUUGUAGCCACUUCCAAUGAAACAGCAAAUCACCUUGCAAUUUAACCUUUACUUUAAAAGGCACAGAACAGCAUUGCUCCUUGACUGGUGAGAUAGUUAGAAGGAGGGGAAAAAAGCAACGGUAAAGACGACGAUAAAGAGGGAGAAAAGGAGAAGCCUUUUGCCCUGUUAUUUAUCUUUUGCUCAGUUUCUUGUUCUCCAGCCCUCCCCAGGAGUAGAAUCUGAAUCACAGCCAUUAAACAUCAGAAAAAGGAGCGAUGAGGGCUCCUUUCUACCAGACACGACUGGGUCUCUGACUUUCACCAAAGGCGUAGAUGAUGAAACAAAACCCUGACAAACAGAAUAGUAAAAAAAAAUCCAUGAGUGAUGUUACACGGCAGAGGCAGGAGCAGUCUGGGUUUGAACUCCGGGGAGAGAAGAAGUAAUUUAACUGCUGUCUGGGGCAGACAUUUUUUUUCUGUGUGUUGCCGUGGUUUCAGGUAGUCGAUAUGCCACGGCAUGAAAUGUUGCUAUCUUUUUCGGGUGUUCUAGGGCACUGAAAUGGAGAAAGAGCAGAGAGGGGGAGGUGCAGAAAGUCUUUAGCCAACGCCAGGCUGCAAAGCAUCCCAGUGCCUGUAGUCCCCCCCACCACCUGAUAAAUCUUUUCUUGUCUUUUUUUUUUUUUCCUCUUUCUUCUCACUUUCUUGUUCAGAAGUUUUGCUGAUGCAAAAGUCUCCCGCAAUUUCCUUUUGGUGCAGAAAACAAACUUCUGCUUUGGGGGGCAGAGGAGGGGGUGGCAGUGGUAAGAAGGAUUGUCGAUGGGGGGAGGAGUGGGCUCAGCGUUCUGAUAUGAAAGAUGGAUUGGGGGGCCUGUGUUCCAUCUCUCUCUCUCUCUCUCUCUCUCUCUCUCUCUCCCCCUCGCUCUCUUUCUCUCUCUCAGAUAUGGAUGCAAAAGUAAUCUGCUGUUCAGCUCCAGUCAGAGUUUGUAUUUAAAACCAUUUAAAAAUAAAACUGCUGAAUGUGUUUCUGAGGAUGUGGAACCAUAAGCCAUGGGGCCUUCAGACAGAUUAGGCCAAAAAUUAAGGGGUUCAUUAAAAAUCUCGGAGACUGACUCCGAAAAAUAAUAUUCCCCUCAAGUGUACACAUGGAUAUUUAUGAUGAUUGUUGUUAUUUAGCAGUCGUUUCUGUGCUUGUUUGGUGAAAAAGUAUGAUUAUGAUUAUUAUGAGUAUGGUUUUUCUAUUUUGAUCCCAACUCAUUUAGUGGUGACAGUGUUGGCUGCUUUUUCAGGCAUUCCCUCUACUCAUGAGUGAGGCACAGCAGCCUAAAGGGUGAUUGUUUUUAUAAGAGAAAUAGGGAGGGAGACUGAGCAAAAGAUGGAGUAAAAGAGUGAGGGCUGGUGGGGGGCACAUAAGGCUCUCGGCAGCAACAGUCUUGUAGACGUCUCAGAUUUAUUUUCAUGCCUGGAGUUGUGAGUCAAGCCUGUGUUCCGCUGUGUUACUCCAGCGCUUUUAUGUCCACAGCUGGGUGUCAAUAUGUGUCCAUGUCAGCAGACCCCAAAGAAAACAGCUUUUUAAUCAUCGUCCGCAUUGGGAGCGAUUCAGACCUUCUCUUUCUUUGUUUUUUUUUUUUUUU